GAAAGACGGCUGUGAGAAGACCCCCGGGGCGUGUGGGGGGCGGGGCCUGCGAGUCCUGGGCGGGGCCUGAGGCAGUAGGAGGAGCCGUCCCGGCCCCGCCCCGCGGGAGGAGCCGCUCGCGCCCGUCAGGUCUCCGUGACAGGGCCCGGCGCCGCGACCGCCGCCGCUUCCUCGUCCCGGCCUCCCGCGCGCGGCUCCCGGGUCCAGCCCGCAUCCGCCGCCCGACCGACGCGCCGCAGCAGGAACGCGCGGCCCCUGGCCCUGUCCCCCGGCCCCCAGUUCCUGGCCUCCGGCCUGAGCGCCAGUCUGCUCAGCCGCCCCGCCCCCGCCGCCCCGGGGUCUCGGCCCCUUCCCGCCGUCCGAGCCGCCGUCCUGGGCACCAUGCCCAGCAAAACCAAGUACAACCUGGUGGACGACGGGCACGACCUGCGGAUCCCGCUGCACAACGAGGACGCCUUCCAGCACGGCAUCUGCUUCGAAGCCAAGUACGUGGGAAGCCUGGAUGUGCCGAGGCCCAACAGCAGGGUGGAGAUUGUGGCUGCCAUGCGCCGGAUCCGGGUGAGUGCCAAGGACCAUGGCUGGGUGCUGGGGACCAUGGUGGGGUGUUGGUGUCACAGCCAGCCUGCCCUGGGCUCAGAUCUACUUCCUUGCACUGUCCAGAUGCUGAGUAGAGUGGUGUUCCUGAUGGGAGGCCAAGGUUAAAAUAGGUGUGAUGGCCAGAGGGGUUCCUUGCCCCCUCUUCCAAUACCUAGGCUCAUGCUCUGUCCCCCAACCCCUGCCUGGAGAUGUAAGGGAUGGUGGGGAGGAGCUGCUUCAGGAUCUGCCUGAUUCAAAGACUUCAGGGAAAAGGUUUGAUACUU